CUCGUGCGCGCGCCUUUAUCAACGUCUGAUAAAAUGGUACCGAAGUAGCGUUCGCUAAACUACAACAAUAAUAACUACUUAAAAUCUUACCCAAGCGAAAUUGAAACCAUAUUCAACGCGAACCGCGUCGCGACUACAACCAGUGUGGUUAUCGAAAAAAAAAACUAAAUAAACAUUAUAUAAAACAACAAAAAGUGCAGUCCGGUUCGGUGCGACUGCGUGAAAAAUAAAACCAAUUCCUUCUCGGCAGGAUACUGCGAUACAAGGUUAUGAACUUGUAAAAAAGGGUUUGGUUAAAAUAAAUAUUUCAGCACAAAAAAAUAUGAUUGUAAGUCGAUUUGAAGCUUAAGACGUUUAUAAUGCACCGACCGAAAGUGAUAGUUGUGUGACUUGUGUGCUAGAAAACUCACUGUAACCAAUAUUAAUUCUACUAGCGUUUCAGAACAAAUACUAAAGUAAUAAGAUUACAAAGAUGGACGGCAGAUUAAUAGUUGCCGUCGUAGUGAUUGUGCAUUUGGUGAGCUGUAACGACAAUUCCAUCGACAAUUCGACGACAAAUGUAUAUGAACCGACAUGGACAUACAACUGUAUUCCGGAUGUGGGCUGCCAGCGGUCUGAGCGUCCACAGCCAGGCGUUCAUGGGAACACGUCUAGUUUGAUCUACGACAGUUUGGACCUCUGCAGGACUGUCUGUGGCAGAUUCGGUGGCCUCUGGCCCAGGCCUGUUACAGCUGCUCUCAGCAUGCAGACUGUGAAGAUUCACCCUAAUUUUUUAAGGUUUGAUCUCAGCAAUGCACCUGUGGAAACACGCGAGGUGCUAGUGAAGAUGACGCAUGUCACCACACAGAACCUUAUCGACGAAUGUGACGGCAAUGUGACCGAAAUAGUCGAGACUCCUGUCGUUGUAUACAUCACGGUGAAGACCACCAAUCUGGAACUUACUUGGGAAACAGAUGAGCAAUAUCGCUUGGAUGUGCAAAGUAAAGAGAAAAAUGCCGUAAUUCAUAUAAUCGCGGAAACAGUGUAUGGCGCUCGUCAUGGUCUAGAGACAUUUAGCCAACUGGUUUCAGCAGAUAAGUCAGAUUAUGAUGAACAAUACAAAUGUAGUCUUCGGCUGGUCUCUGGAGCUAAAAUAUGGGACAAACCAGUAUAUAAACAUAGGGGCUUCAUGCUCGAUACAUCUAGAAAUUUCGUACCGAUGGAUGAUAUUAAGAGAAUGGUUGAUGCCAUGGCAACUGUUAAGAUGAAUGUGUUCCACUGGCACGUCACGGAUUCCCACAGUUUUCCAUUGGAAUCAAGACGUGUUCCUCAAUUUACAAGGUAUGGCGCAUACUCUGCUUACGAGAUUUACUCAACGGAUGAAGUCCGAGAGUUCAUAAAUUAUGCUCGAGUGCGCGGAGUUAGAGUUGUCAUUGAAAUUGACUCACCCGCACAUGCUGGAAACGGCUGGCAGUGGGGAAAGGAAUACGGCUUCGGAGACCUCGCUGUGUGCGUAAACGCUAAAGCUUGGCGUAACUUUUGCAUUCAGCCGCCGUGUGGACAACUAAACCCCGCCAACCCCGCCAUGUACCGCAUCUUGAGGGAUCUAUACCGAGAUCUCGCCGAAACCUUACCUAAACCUGCCCUGUUUCACGUGGGAGGGGAUGAGGUAUUCUUCAACUGUUGGAAUUCCUCUGAAGAGAUAACAUCUUACAUGCAAAGCAAAGGCUACGAGACAAACGUGGAAGGCUUCAUUAAACUGUGGGGCGAGUUCCAUGAAACUGCGCUCAAGAUAUGGGACGAGGAACUGGCUGCUGUGGGUCAAACCGAAAAGCAGCCCGUCAUGAUCUGGUCUUCGGAACUCACGCAGACUCAUCGGAUACAGAAGUACUUAAAUAAAGACAGAUAUAUAAUAGAAGUCUGGGAACCAAUCAGUAGUUCACUUUUAACGCAGCUCAUAAGGAUGGGCUACAACACCAUAUCCGUUCCCAAGGACAUUUGGUACCUGGACCACGGAUUCUGGGGGAACACCAAGUACUCCAACUGGAGGAGAAUGUACGCGCAUACUUUACCACGAGACCCCAACAUGUUGGGGGGAGAAGUUGCCAUGUGGAGUGAAUAUGUAGACUCACAAGCGUUAGACACGCGCGUGUGGCCGCGCGCGGCGGCGGUGGCGGAGCGGCUGUGGGCCGACCCGGCGGGCGGCGCGGCGGCGGCGGAGGCGCGUCUGCAGCGCGCGCGCGCCCGCCUCGCCGCGCGCGGCCUGCGCUCCGACGCGCUGUCGCCCGCCUGGUGCGCGCAGCACGACAUGCGCUGCGUGUAGGCACGCACACGAGCAGCAGCGCUGUGAGACUUAUCAGUUGUCAUUACACGCCGACCUGAGACCUAAGAUGCUCACUCGUUCUUCGAAUCGAAAUACAUCGUAUCGCUGCAUUUCGAUAGUCCGAUAUUUGGCGAUAGAACUGGGUGCCUAUUAUACACAUAUAUAUGUAUAUCGACUCUAUAAUAUAUGUUUAUGUUAUUAUUCCAUCUUCUUCCUACAAAUUAUAUAGCAAGGCGGUGACAAAACACUAAAAAUGACUAAAUAAAAAAAAAGUCGAUGACGCUUAUUUAAUAUAUUAUCAGAAUCUUGCCAUUUUAAAACUCGAAUCGACAAGGAAACCAUACAAAAUAUUAUUACUUUAUUGAAAUUAAAAGUUUUGCUAUAAAUUAGAAGAAUGACAAUUAAUAAAACCAAGAUUAUUUCAAAUAACGAAAAUUAAAAAAUUCCAAUAUAUGGUCGGGUACCCUAAGCGUUGUGUUACUAUGCCUAUGAUUUCCUAUAUCUAACUUUUUCACGCAACAAAUCAUGACAAAUAUUAAUAAAUGAAAAGUCCAAAUUCAAGGGUGGUACGGCACCCUUACAGAUUCAUUAACGUAUUCAAUAUUAUAUUUAAUAAUAAAGAUAACACUGUAAGAGAAUGUUCAUACGUAAUUAAAAAACAAUGAUGGUAGUCAUGACUGCCUAAGAUCCCGAGUGAUCUCAUAUUUUUAAGAUAUUAUCUACUUAAAAUAAUUGUAGUUUAUUUUUUUUUUUACUUAUUUUUAAUGUUUGUUUAAUUAUUUGUUUUAUUUAUUUAAAUAUAAAAUAAUGGAAAUAAAGAAAUGUAAAUGCGAGGAAUCGUUUAAAAGUAAUUUAUUAAGUUGUAUAAGGCGAAGUGUACACUCGGUUUUGUGUGUUAAAAUUGUAGCGGUAAGACUGUUUCUAGCCAAAUGUUUAAAUGAUCAAAUAAUAACAUACAAAACCGCGAAUACUGCCUAAGGUUAAUGACUAAGAAACCUUCAUACUGACAAAAUAAACUGAUUUCACUAA